AUCACCAAUGAAGCCGAUCAUUCCACUCAAAACACCCUUUUCCAAAACUUUCAGAGAAAGCAAUCCUUCUUCUUCAUAAUUACUAGAUUUGAAACAGUCGAUAUGGCACUAAUUGUGCGCUGGUACGAUUUUAUCUGUUUUGGCAUUGUUGCGGCUGCUUUCGUUGGCUCCUUGUGGAUGCUGUGGAGGAAGGAGGCUUCAUCCAGAUGCGAUGACAACACGGUGUACGAGAGUCUGCUCAUGGCUCGCCCGGACACUGAUGGGUUCGUGCGUUCCACGCCUUUGGCUCACGUUGGCUCCUCCCAACUGUGGACCAGUUGUUGGAAAGGCGUGCAUCCCGGAUGGCUUCUGCUGACCCGGUUCGUGUCAUGUGUAGCCAUGGCCGGAUUCCUCUCGUGGGACAUCCUAGAUUGGGAUGCAUCUAUUUUCCUUUACUACACCGAGUGGACAUUUACAUUGGUUAUGGUGUAUUUUGCGCUGGGAACCGUUGUAUCUGCUUAUGGAUGUUGGGUGUACUCAAAGGAAACUCCUGAAAAUGGUAUAAGGGAUGCGGAAGAGGGUAGCAUGGUAGCCUCUGUGACUUAUGGUGAAAAAGAAGUCCGAGGUAAAAUUAAGUUACAAAGUCAUUAUACUGAGGAGGUGAUUCAGCAAAGAGCUGGAUUUUAUGGAUAUCUUUUGCAAAUUGUAUAUCAGACUUGUGGAGGUGCUGUUGUAAUAACAGACAUUGUAUUUUGGUGUAUUAUUGUGCCCUUUUUGUCUGACGCACACGUUGGUCUGAACACGGUGAGAUUAAACUUUUUACAGUCAACAUUUCAUUUUGAUAAGAUUAUCCUCGACCCUUUGGAAGUUUACACAAUAUGACAUUUUGAAAACUUGAAAAGGUUUGUGUCCCCAUUUUGGCAGGCUAUCCAUGGCCUUAGUCUUCUUUUAUGCUUUAUUAACCAGCAUUCUCCUAUGUGACCUACUGCAACAAUGCAACUUAAGGAUGGUUUUUUAAAGGAAAUGAACUGCAUCUUGAAAUGCUUGUUGAAUGAUUUAUUCUGACCUUGUACUGACUGCUGAUGUACGUUGAUCUAUCAAUCAUUUCCUCUCCAGUUGUGGAUGCUGUGCAGAUAUAUGCUAUUUGUUUCUGUCUGAAACUCUAAAAUAAGUGGUGGAAGACUUGUACUGUGACCAUCAUUUGUUUUUUCUUCCUUGCAGUUAAUGGGUUGCAUGCACACUUUUAAUGCAUUUUUUCUUCUAGUGGAUACCUCCCUCAAUAGCAUGCCAUUCCCUUGGUUCCGGAUAGCAUAUUUUGUUCAGUGGAGCUGUUUGUACGUAGUUUUCCAGUGGAUAAUUCAUGCCUGCGGUGUUUCAUGGUGGCCGUACCCUUUCCUGGUGCUUGAUUCACCAUGGGCACCUCUAUGGUACUUUGUCUUGGCUGUCGUUCACAUUCCCUGUUACGGUAUAUAUGCACUGAUUGUAAAGGCCAAGAAUUCAAUUUUCCCCAGAUGGUUCCCUCAAGCGUUUGUGAGGUCUUACUAAACUGAUCUCUUGUACUUAACUCAAAAUCCCUUUACUUGGGAAAUGGCAUUGUUUUUGAUUGCAUGCUUUGUAUACGAGCGAGGGGAUGCUCUAUAAUCCUAUGAACUUGGAUAUUUACGAACAUGAAAUUGUUCUAUCAUUUGUACCACAAUCGAAUCAUGUGUUUCACAUGUUUCAAUAUUUGUUGUGUAGUCCAAGUAAAUCUCAUAUGCCCAAUAUCUCCAUUUCUUGUGGAUUUAUUUUACAUUGUAAAGUUAAAUAGGAAAAUGCUAUAAGU